GCAUCCCGGAAUUGUGCUCACGCCACUCACUCUCGGCCAUUUUUCCAAGUACAAGCUCCUUUAAUCAACAAUCACAUCACACUCUGUUACUGUACAGAUACGUGGAAUAAACCGCUGGAGUGAGACGUGUAAGUCUAACUUCGAUUUCGACAUUAACGGUGUACUUUGUGUUCUUCUGCUUAGCGCCGUUCGUUAAAACACUGAGAGCUGUUGUUACCGUUUGGCUAAUGCUAGGCUAACAUACUAAUGUGCUAAAGCAUGAACCACUCGGCUGCGGGGUCGGUUUGGAGGCCUCGAGCUGUAAAACCCGCUAAUUUCGUCCAGGUGCAACUUUAAUAUUAAUUUAAGUGUUUUCAAAUUCAAGAAAAACCUGAGGUAUCACCGUCAGUGUGAUUUUCUGUCUAGUCCGCGCUCAACAGCAUCGCUCGGCUAGCUCACGGAGCCAGAAGGCAACAUUAUAGACUAGAACCGCCAGCAAAUGUGUCAGCAACAUGUUUCAUACGAUCUGUAUCAGCAAAUGUAAAGAUAAACACAUGAUAUCCCCAGCUAAAUUAAUCUGAAAGCAGAUGACUGAGUAGUUGGACCGUGUCCUGCGAUGUUGUAUAUGCGCAUUGCGACACCCUCAGAUGUAGAUUUUUUCCAAGCUCACUACCCUGUCGAGCUUUGUUAUGGCUGCUUGCCUCCAAAUAGCACUACACUAGUGUGCGUUACACAUUACGUAAGGGUUAUAAAGCCUCUGCUGCAGGACAAUACAGAGCAAACGUAACACAACUAAAUUGUAAACUCUUGAUUUGACCUAUUGAUGAUGACUUACAUUGACAGAGAUACUAGAUUCACCAGGAUAUAAUGUUAGUUCACGGACUAUUGCAGUGAUAAGAUACCCUAAACUAGGGCUGGGCGAUAUGGAGAAAAGUUUAUCACGAGAUAUUGUUUUCAUAUCAGUCGAUAUUGAUAUAUAUAUCUGUAUAAAGAAAUGAAAUUUAUCAGUGCUUAUUGGUAGCAUGUCUGUUGCAACACAAUAAGCAACUACAUCUGUGAGGUCUUUGUGUCUCUUCGACAUUUUGUUGCACUAGAGAAAGCGGACUGAAUGGUCGGCUGAAUGGCGCCAUGGGCUCCUUGCUCCGCGAGGUGUCUGUAACUUUUUGCAUUGUGCAUGCUCUGCCGCGGGCACUCCUUCAGGUGGUGAAAAAGUUUUGCGGUAUUCCCAGACUUUGCGGGAACAUUUAUUCAACAUAAUUUCCAGUUCACAUUACUCUGCUUCAUGUCUGACCUCAAAAAAACAAAAUACCUCCAAAACAUUUUCAUGCCAGUGUUAUCAACUAUGUCGUCAUCUGUUUAGCCUCCAUCUGCAUUUCUGCCGGGGGUGGCACUGAUUUUCUUUUUUUCUCACUGACAGUGCUGUCGGCUUCACGUGUUAAAGUGCUAUGGCUGCGUGUAGCUGCAGCCUGCUACUACGCAGCAUGAAGCAACUCCCCUUUUCAUUGGCUAUUCGUAUUGUCUACCAAAACAUGGCAGAAUGCCAACGAUCAAAAAGCAUAUUGACCAUGUUUUAUAUUGAUAUUGAGGGAAAUUAAUUUUCGAUAUUUAUCAUUAUCGUUGUAUCGCCCAGCCCUACACUAAACUCCUGAAGUCUUGUGGUACUUGUGUUCAAAAUUUUAUAUGCUGGAAUAUUAACAUGUGACCUGUAAGUCUAUUAAGGGAGAGAGUAACAGAUUUGAUAUCAAACACCUAAAUUGCAAUAACAGCAGAAAAUCUGAGAUUAAAAAAAUACAAGGAAGUGUGUAUGAUUGUCUUUUUAUAAGUCCGAGUACAUUUACAACAACAUCUCGCAUUUUCCUUCAGGAUUAGCAGCCAUGUCUGACUUCAUCGUCAGUGAGGCUGAGGAGUCAGAGGAGGAGUUUGAGGAGAAAGAUUUGAAGCCCAAAAAGACCCAGAGGUUUAUGGAAGAGGAUGGUGAGAUUUUAAAUCGUGUGCUUCUGGCAGUUUAUCUCCAAAAUGGAGCUACAUUGGAGAUGAACAACUUAACUAUGUUUCCCAACAGAUGAGGAGGAAGAAGAGAACACAGAAGACCAGGAUGAAAGAGGAAACUUACGUGGACUCAUCGAUGAUGGAGAUGAGGAAGCAGAGGAGGAAGAAGAGGCUCAAAGAAGUGCAAGUGGAGGGGGGAGUGACUCAGAAGAGGAAGUGAGGCACCGACGUAAAAAGCGCAGUAAGUUCAUCAGGUGUUUUUAAAGGGCUGCUGCUGUUCUCAUGCAGUGCAGGCUGUGAUCAAGAUGUCACAGUUUGGAAAGCUGCACUGGGUAGAUUGAACAGUCUGCUUUUUUAGUCAUAUGAUCCUGGUUGAAAAAACAUUUUCUCAAGUGUUUUAUUAAAGCUAAGAUUAAAACAACAGCACUAAUUGAUAACACAUAAAUAAAUAAAGACUUAUUGUAACAUUCUUUGAUUUGGUUCACUCUAGUCUUUGCAAAAACAGAUUUCAGUGUUUGUGCAGUAUAUCUAAGUAAACAUGUAAUGAUUGUUGAAGUGCUUUUGAAGGUUUAGGGCCAUUCUUCAGCGUUCAGUUUCUUUUUUCUUCUUUUUUUUUUAACAGAACUUUGCUCGACAGUCGAGUAGAAAUUAGAAAAAAAACAUGAUUACGUACCAGUGUCUUUGCACACCAGUAUCUUUGGCAAUAGUUAGUCAGGUAAAGAACAACUAAUCUUUUGUUUUCCAUUGUUGGAUGGCUCCAUGUGGUGGGCUAGAUGCACACAUAUUCAUGGCAUAAGCUUGUUCAGGUUUUGUGGAAAAUCUGUCAGUAUUCAUGAUAGAAAAGGGAAAUUCUGAGUCAUGUAGUUUCAAGAAAUUUUUUACAAACUCAUUGAAUUAAAUGUUUCCCUUUUACUCAUUAACUCCAGCAUCUGUUUACCUGAAAUGAUCAUGUGCGUCCAUGCUGGGAACUAAAAAAUGCUUAUAUUGAUGGAAAAAAAAAUCAACAUGAAGUUGUUUCCCUUCACUGAGAUUUUCUUCUUUGCAGAUUAUGAUGACUACCUGGAUGACGAUGAUCUUGACCUGAUUGAAGAAAAUUUGGGUGUAAAAGUUAAAAGGAGGGUAAGAAUGGAUUUUUCUCUCUCCAAAACACCAGCAUACAAUCUCACCCUCGACCUCUUGAGUUCAUCCUGUCAUCCAGAAUUUUGAUCUCUCUUUCGUACACUCAACACAGAUUUAAGCAGUGCUGAUGUUUAUAUUUUGUGUCGCAGAAGAAGAAAUACGAUCGUGUGAAAACACUGGAUGACGAUGAAGAGGAUGAUGACGAGAAGGACUUAAUCGCUGAUGAGAUCUUUCAUGGAGAUGGUGAUGGUGAGCUUGAGGAAGGCGAGGCGGUUGAUGAGCCGCUCCAUCAUGCCGACGACGAGGAAGAAGGAGAAGAUGAGGAGUCAGGUAGGCCAGGAGGAAGAGUUUUUAAUUCUCUCUUGAUGUAACCAAAAAGUAAAAAUGUCAAAACAGAGAAAAACUUGAUGUGGUCUCAGAGAUUACUUGUUAAUCUUUGGGUUUCUCCUUCAGAUAUUGAUGACUUCAUUGUGGAUGAUGAUGGCCAACCCAUCACCAAAAAAAGGGGCAAGAAGUUCUCAGGAUACACAGACGCGUAAGUGUGUAAAAUAAACAACAAAUGUAGAAGAUCAUUUUACCUCCAAUGUCUCCCUACAUUAUACUGUUAAGUAAACUCCUCCCCAUGUUGUAAAGGAAAAGACAGUAAUAAUCACUGUGUUCUUCUGUUCUGCAACAGAGCCCUCCAGGAAGCCCAAGAAAUUUUUGGUGGUGACUUUGACUUUGCUGACUUUGACGCGGACGCAUAUGACCAGGGUGAGGAGGAAGAAGAGGACCAGGAUGAAGAGGGUUGGGACCGACCGAAGAAGCAGACCAAGAGGAGGCAAGGGAGGAAGAGCAUCUUCGAGAUCUAUGAGCCAAGCGAGCUGGAGAGCAGUCACAUGACUGACCAAGACAACGAGAUCCGGACUACUGACAUGCCUGAGAGGUUCCAGGUGGGUUUUGGUUUGAUGUUACCCAAAGUCUUUUUUUUUUUGUUCAGAGCGAUUCUUAAUGGUUACUUUUUCACUGUCUUAUAUAACUAACUUGCUUUGAGUGCUUAGUGAUGCCCUUUUGAGUUCUUGUCUCUGACUCUGUGCUUAAACUUACAGUUGAGAUCAAUCCCUGUCAAACCUGCUGAGGAUGAUGAGCUGGAAGAGGAAGCAGAGUGGAUCUUUAGACAUGGCUUCUCCACUCUUACCAUCUCCAUGCAGGUACAACUUUUGCUUCAAGCACCUCUGAAAAUUUAAGAACUUUAACUUAAAAGGAUUUUUAAUGAGAUCUGGUUCAGUGCCUCCUUUUUUUUAAGGAAGGACUGAGUGACAUUUGUAAUAUCUUACUUGAUAUUUCUUUUUUUUUGUACCUUUAACAGGAGAGCACGGAUUAUCUGGACAGGGGAACAACCACCAACUUUAGCAGGAAAGGCCCCAGCACAAUUGCAAAGAUCAAAGAGGCUCUCAACUUCAUGAGGAAUCAACAGUUUGAGGUACAUUACACCUGUCUUAUUCACAUAUACUCUUUAAUCUGUUUCCUUGUUUUCUAUUUUCUAUUUAUCGACACAGUGUCAUUAAGGGAAGCAGAGUGUGUUAUUGUCAUUGUUGUUAAGAAUAGAUGUCUUUUUCAGGUUCCUUUCAUAGCUUUCUACAGGAAAGAGUAUGUGGAGCCAGAGCUGAACAUCAAUGACCUGUGGAAGGUGUGGCAGUGGGAUGAGAAGGUAUGGAUUAUCAGUGUAGUUUUUUGGGGUGUGUGUGAGGGAAUAAACUACAAUUAAUAGUUAAUCAAUUGUGUGCGUAUAAAGGGUGCAUUAACCAGUCCUGUAUUUCAACUUCAACAUUUUCAUCCUCCACCCACCAGUGGACGCAACUGAAGACAAGGAAGCAGAACCUGACCCGUCUAUUUCAAAAGAUGCAGUCCUUCCAGUUUGAGCAAAUCUCUGCGGACCCUGACAAGCCUUUGGCCGAUGGCAUCCGUCCUCUAGACACAGCUGACAUGGAGAGGUACGUCCUGACAGAUCGGGUUAGCUGCAUAUCACUUUGGUCUCACCUUCUGUUUGAUUCAAGCCCAUUUUGCCGUUCUCCUGUAGGCUGAAGGAUGUGCAAACUCUCGAAGAGCUGGGUGAUGUGUACAACCACUUCUUACUCUACUAUGGCCGGGACAUCCCGAAGAUGCAGAACGCUGCCAAGUCCAACAAAAAGAGGCUGAAGAAGAUCAAGGAAGUGUCUGAGGAUGGUAGGAUGGAUAUAUUUACAUUUUUGUAAAGAAGACACUGCAGAGUUAUCCUAAAAUACACUUUGAGUUGUUUGGAGUGUUUUGAAGAUCUUAAAUUCAAUGUGUGCUUUUUUUUAGGAGAAGAAGAGGAGUUGGAGAUGGAAGAAGAAGAAGAGCAGAAAGGACCUGACCUAAAGCUGGCAUCUCGUAGAGACAUGUACAGCAUAUGUCAGAGUGUAGGACUUGGUCAGUCUCAGUUCAACCUUUAGACUACAAUAUAAGCAAUCAAGAUUCCUUUCCAUUGGUCCUUUUCCAACAACUUUUUCCCAACUUUUCCUGCAGAUGGCCUGGCUAAAAAGUUUGGAUUAACUCCUGAGCAGUUUGGAGAAAAUCUGAGAGACAGCUACCAGCGUCACGAGACGGAGCAGUUUCCAGCUGAGCCCGUAGAACUGGCCAAAGACUACGUGUGCAGUCAGUUCUCCACCCCUGAGGCAGUGCUGGAAGGAACCAGGUACAUGGUGGCCAUGCAGAUCGCUCGUGAGCCUCUGGUCAGACACGUCCUCCGACAGACGUUUCAGGAGAGGGCCAAAAUCAACAUCAAGCCGACGAAGAAGGGCAAGAAGGUGACAACACACGACCAAAUUUCUCCUGAAAGGAAAUCGCAGGGCAUCCUUCAAGCGCUGUUCCAAACACGUCUCUUUGUUUGUGUCCUUCCUGCAGGAGAUAGACGAGGCUCAUUUUGCCUACUCCUUCAAGUAUCUGAAGAACAAGCCUGUGAAAGAACUGAAUGGGGAUCAGUUCUUAAAGAUGUGCCUGGCAGAGGAUGAGGGGCUGCUUACCAUUGACAUCUGUAUUGACCUUAUAGGGGUCAAAGGGUAAGUUCAAAGGAAAUACCAACCAUCAAAAAGUUUAACUUGAGAGAAUUCUGCUCAAGGGUUUUUGUGCAACAGAUGUACAAAUCAUUAACCUCCCCAUCCUCUAUGUAUGAAUGCAUAAUUAUUUGCGGUGUCACCUUAAGUCAGCUUUAAUCAAACAGAUGAAACAAAUCCAAAGUAAACAAUCACAUCUAGUCUAGUCAGAUUUUGUGUUCUGCACAUCCCGCGGUGAUAGGAUUUUUCCCCAAAACAGGAUCCGAUGUGACUUACUCGUGCCAUUUUUAGAAUCUGCUUAGAAUUCUGCUUGGAUGUUGGAAGAAACGGGGGGUUGAUAAGUAGGAUAGCUCCCCUGAGAGUUUUGGCAGCAAAUAAUCUUUUUUACCCACAUCCUUGUCGUUAGAGCGCGGGGCUGCUGAAUUCUGGCUCUGCUACAAUUAAGGCCAAUCUUUUUCAUGUCUCCGCCGCUCCCCGCGCCCUCUCUCUUGCUUCUCCUCAGAUAUGCAGGGGACCAGACGUACUUUGAUGAGAUCAAACAGUUCUACUACAGAGACGAGUUCAGCCACCAGGUGCAGGAGUGGAACAGACAGCGAACUUUAGCCAUCGAGAGGGCGCUCAAUCAGUUCCUCUACCCUCAGAUGGCCAAAGAGCUCAAAAGCAAACUGAUCGCCGAGGCCAAAGAGAGCAUUGUCAGGGUAAGGAGGGCUGCCGGCUGUCAACAAUGGUUGUUUGAUAAGAGCUGUUGACCUCAGACUCAUCAUGAACUUCUGAUUUCUUGUAGUCCUGCUGUCGUCGGUUGUAUAACUGGCUGAAAGUGGCUCCUUACAGGCCAGAUCAGCAGGUGGAGGAGGACGAUGAUCUGAUGGAUGAAAGUCAAGGCAAAGGCAUUCGGGUGCUGGGUGUAGCCUAUGCCCCAAGCAGGUACAUGUCUCACAAUAAUGACAUUUUUUUCCUCAAAAUACCAACAGCUGGAAUUUAAAAUUAAAUCCUGAUUCAAACUUUUCUUACUUACAGAGACACCCCAGUUUUCUGCGCUCUGAUCAACGGUGAGGGAGAGGUGGUUGACUUCUUACGUCUGCCUUACUUCAUGAAGAGGAGGAAUGCUUUCAGGGAUGAUGAGAGGGAGAAGAAGGUACAAGCAACAAACAUGAUUUUUGUCGGUCUCUCUGCUUGGCAAGCACAGCACUGGAUGCAUUUUUAAGACAAUCACUCAUUAGCGUGUGUCAUUCAUCCUCAGGCCCAUGAUAUCGAAAAUCUCAAGAGGUUUCUGUCCGGCAAGAAACCCCAUGUGGUUGCAGUCGCUGGGGAAAACAGGUAAUUAAAACACUUUUGCUGUAAAUGAACUUGUUUACAUUUGAGAGAGUGUUCAAGUGCCUGAACCACGAUGUGUGUUGUAGGGAUGCUCAAAUGAUCAUGGAGGACAUCAAGAGGACCAUCAGCGAGCUCGAGCAGGAGUCGUCUCUGCCCGCCGUGGGAGUAGAGCUUGUUGACAAUGAACUUGCCACACUGUACAUGAACAGCAAAAAGUCUGAGGUAAAUACUGAACACACGGAGUCUCAUUGAAGAAAUGUGAGCCGAAUGAAUUUGUGCGCAAACUGGCAUUCAGUCUUUUUGUAGUCAAUGAUAACAUCUACACCUGCCUCUGACUGCUCGUAGCUGUUGUGUCGGUGUAUGAUGAGACACAUUCCCCUGUGGUUGUUCACUUCACAAAUGCUUCCUUUGACCUCCGGUUUUCUCUCUGCACAGGUGGACUUCAGGGAUUACCCGCCCUUGCUAAGACAGGCUGUGUCAAUAGCCAGGAAGAUCCAGGAUCCACUGAUCGAGUAUGCUCAGGUUUGCAGCACUGAUGACGAUAUCCUCUGCCUCAAACUGCACCCACUUCAGGUAAGAGACCAAGAUCAAGCCACAUCAAAAAAAAGUGGCAAACCCAGAUUUACAGCAUCCUCUGUGACAUUACUGUGGGACUCAAGAAGACAAACUGGAUACUUGUUAGCUUUUUAAUCUGCAAAUGUUUUGAGACAUUUGGCAACAGAAGGAUAUCAGGACGACCAGCAGUGCUGCUUUUUGGACAUCGUUGUUUUUAGCUGUCCUUUUCACUGCUCUUUCUCAGGAACACGUUGUGAAGGAGGAUCUGCUCUGUGCUCUGUACUGUGAAUUCAUCAAUCGUGUCAAUGAGGUUGGAGUAGACGUGAACAAGGCCAUCGCACAUCCUCACACUCAGAGCCUGGUCCAGUACGUUUGUGGUCUAGGACCCAGGAAGGGCUCCCAUCUGCUCAAGGUAAAAUUUUGUACCGCUCUAAAUGAACUCUUUUGUAAUAUCUAAAUGAAACAAACAUUUCAGUGUAUCUGAUGACCUGUUAACCAUCGGGGUCUUUGUGUUCUGCGCAGAUUCUGAAGCAGAAUAACACUCGCCUGGAAAACAGAACUCAGCUGGUCACGAUGUGUCACAUGGGACCUAAAGUUUUUAUCAACUGUGCCGGUUUCAUCAAGAUCGACACUGCUUCACUCGGAGACAGGUUUGUUGAUUUAAGAGGUCUUUGCAUCUAGACCAGUCUAGCCCAGUGCUACAGUUCAGUCUGUUGGGAGGGUAUUUAAACCCCUGGUUUCUACACAGUACGGACUCCUACAUCGAGGUUCUGGAUGGAUCUCGAGUCCACCCUGAGACAUAUGAGUGGGCUCGUAAGAUGGCUGUGGACGCCCUUGAGUAUGACGAGUCGGCAGAAGAUGCUAACCCAGCAGGAGCUCUGGAGGAGAUCUUGGAGAAUCCUGAGCGUCUCAAAGAUCUGGACCUGGAUGCCUUUGCAGAGGAGCUUGAGAGACAGGUCAGUUUGUGUGUUUAAGCUUUGAAUAUCUCAGGCAUGCUGUUGUUUAAUAGCUUUGUACAGUGCAGAUUACUCACUAUUAUUAGUCUGAGGCCCAGCUGUUAAUUUCAGAAACCUGUAAAGCCAAAACAAACUUAAUCCAUGUUUCACAUGCCUGCAGCUUAUCCUUCUUAUUGUUCUCUUCUUUGUUUAUUACCUUUAGGGUUACGGCAACAAAGGGAUUACCCUCUAUGAUAUCCGUGCUGAGUUGAGCUGCAGGUACAAAGACCUAAGAGUUGCCUACAGAGUCCCUAACACAGAGGAGGUGUUCAAUAUGCUCACCAAGGAGACUCCAGAGACCUUUUAUAUUGGUAAUCCACUGCACCAAAGUUCACCCACAGCAUAUCUAAAAUCAAUGAAAAUACUUUGAACCCCACCAACAGCUCUUAGCCGAUUAAUCUGACCAUUGUAGGCAUUUGUCUUAAUCUUUGACCCUCCUUCUCUUCCAGGUAAGCUGAUCACCAGUGUUGUAACAGGUAUUGCUCACCGAAGGCCUCAGGGAGAGAGCUACGACCAGGCUAUCCGCAACGACGCUACAGGAUUGUGGCAGUGUCCCUUCUGCCAGCAGGACAACUUCCCUGAACUCAGCGAGGUACCACCUGAGUUUUCUUCUUCUCUUUGUGUUUAAAAGCAGCUGGGUUCAGAGUCUAACAGAGUGUGGGUUUGUUUUCUCCCUGCCUCUUUAGGUUUGGAAUCACUUUGACAGCGGGUCGUGUCCGGGUCAAGCUAUCGGAGUCCGGUCAAGAUUAGAUAACGGCGUACAGGGAUUCAUUCCCACCAAGUUUCUCAGUGACAAAGUGGUUAAACAUCCAGAGGAGAGAGUAAAGGUGAGGAGUGUUUAGUUUGUCUUUUGGUUGAUCUUUAUCCGCUGAUGUCAGGUACACUUCUCAAUCCUGAUACACCAAUCAGAAAUCGAGGCCUCUGUUAAUUUCCUUUAUCUAUUUUUAUAUGUAAUAAGUGACUUUUUUCCUCCCCUAGGUGGGCAUGACGGUUCACUGCCGUAUCAUGAAAAUCGACAUUGAGAAAUUCAGCGUUGACCUCACAUGCCGCACAUCAGAUUUGAUGGACAAAGCCAAUGAGUGGAAGCUCCCCAAGGACAGCUACUAUGAUUUUGACACAGAGUCUGAAGACCAUAAACUGGAGGAGGAGCUCAAAAAGAAACAACAGAGAACACGUUAGUCUACCAAAAAUGAUAUGCAGUUUUUAAAAUAGAGAUAUCAACCUAAACUUUUCUCUUACUUACCUCCACAUCGUCUUUACAUCAUGUCUCUGUCCUCUGCUUCCUUUGCCCAGCGUAUAUAAAACGUGUCAUUGCACAUCCAAACUUCCACAACAUCAGUUUCAACCAGGCAGAGAAGAUGAUGGAAACCCUGGAUCAGGGAGACUUGAUCAUCAGACCCAGCAGCAAGGGAGAGAACCAUCUCACGGUUACAUGGAAGGUAAGAAACCUAGAGGAGUGCAGCAGGCUGAUAAGAGGGAAAACUGGAAAAUGCAGCUCGUAGUAAAGCUUUGGAGUUAUACACAAGGGUGCCAAAAUAAAGUUUGGAGCUUUCUACUUUUUGACGUUCAGGGCUGACUCAGUGCAAUGUUUGAUAGGUGGCUGAUGGUAUCUACCAGCAUGUGGAUGUGAGAGAAGAGGGAAAAGAGAAUGCCUUCAGCUUAGGGCACACCCUCUGGAUCAACAACGAAGUAAGCAGUUUUUUUAUUUGGCAUGAUCUUUGUGCCUCAACGUCAAACUUAAAUCAGAAAAACGUUGAUCCUGAAUGUUCUUAAAAGAGUUUCUUGCAUUUUCUACAGGAGUUUGAAGAUCUGGAUGAAAUCACUGCCCGAUACAUCCAGCCGAUGGCUUCAUUUGCGCGGGAUCUUCUUGGGCACAAGUACUUCCAGGACUGCCAUGGGGGGAACAAGGAGGUAUGUACAAUAUGACUAUCCUGAGUAGAUCAUCAAGUUUGCAGUCUUUAAUCUUCCUAAAACUUGGUUUUGUUUGGAGUUUCACCUUUCACCCUCAUUUCUUUUCUUCUCUGAUAGAAAAUGGAGGAAUUGUUGGUCAGGACAAAGAGGGAGAAACCCACUUUUAUUCCCUAUUUUAUCUCGGCAUGUAAAGAACUUCCAGGAAAGUUCAUACUGGGUUACCAGCCUCGUGGAAAACCAAGGUAGGCAGAAAUGUUUUUGUUUUCUCUCCUACAUGACGUUUAACUAUUGAUUGUUUCAGCUCAAUGGAUAAAAAUACUAAAUCAACAAGUUGGCAGGAUUUCACUGAAGCAGCACAGGCUCACACAAUAAGAGAGACUACAUAUCAAUGUUCGUAAUCACCUUGGUAACAUAAUGGUGACAUCUAAAGCUUUUUACACCAGCUAAGGUUUGCAAAUGUGAGUUUUGGCAUUAUUCAAAAUCACACAAAUUUUAACUACCUGCGCACACAACCUCUCCACUGCAGAGACAUGUUUAAUUCUCCGUGUUUUAAAAUGAGACCAGCACACUUUAUCUUCAUAACUGAACCUUUUUUGUUUUGUUUUUCUCCAGAGUUGAGUUUGUGACCAUCACCCCGAAUGGCUUCCGCUACCGUUCACAGAUAUUUCCCACAGUGAACGGACUAUUCCGUUGGUUUAAGGACCAUUACCAAGAGCCUGUGCCAGGUACAAAAACACACAGAUGUUUGUUUGUUUUUCCACAGUCGUUAAAAAGAGACACUUUUCCCUUGAAAAUUGCUUUUUCUUUGAUGAAAAUGCUGAAAGCUGAAAUCUAGGAGUAUAAGACAAACAGUCAAACACUGCUGAAAUGACUCAGUGUCCUGCUGGACAACCAGGAGGCUUGAACACAGCUGAGGUGUUAGCAGUAAGAGUUCAAAAUUCAUCAAAAUAAAGCUUGUUGCUGGGCAUUUAAUAAAAAUUUAAACAAUUGCAUUUAAGUAUGAAAAAACAAAAUGGGGUCAAAGUGCGAAGUAGCUUGCCGAAAUGACACUGAGGAAUUCACCAAAACUCAAAGGCUCAAAUUUUAAAACCAUGAAAAGCAUGUCAGGAAUGAUCUGCCUGAAAAGCUGGUAUGAUAGAAUAAUUUACACCACUGCUGAACACCAACCAACCAGGAGUUAAAUAUUGUAACAGCUCAUGAUUGUAACCACCACUGAAAAUAUCUCUCCUACUUGUUCUACUCGUCUAAAGGCAUUACUCCAAGCAACAGCAGCCGAACAAGAACUCCUGCAUCCCUGAAUGCCACCCCGGCUAACAUCAACAUCGCAGGUGAGUCCAUCUCUCUACUACACACACAAACACACACACUCUCUCUUUCGUUCUCUGUCUCUCUCCAGCACCAGUGGAGUUUUACAAUUCUUGAAUUCCUUCCUCCCUAGACUUGACACGAGCUGUCAACGCCCUCCCACGCAACAUGUUCAGUGCCAUUGCUGCAGUCGCAAGCCAGGGCCAGAACCCCAACACCACCCCUGCUCAGUGGAGCUCCAGCCAGUACGGCUAUGGAGGCAGCACGGGUGGAGGUGGAGGAAGCUCCUCAGCUUAUCAUGUGAGUGCAGUUUUGUCGCUUCUUCUGGUGAUGUUGAGGGCCUGACAUUUGGACCUGUUGGAUGAUAUUUGUAUGAUUGAAAAGUUCAUCAUUUUUUCAGCUGUAGAGUCUUAAUUCUUGAGUACCUGUGUGAGCCACACUCAUGACGUGAUUUUCUGUGUGUAGGUAUUUGCCACCCCUCAGCAGCCAAUGGCGACACCCAUGAUGACACCCAGCUACUCCUACACCACACCGAGCCAGCAGGCCCUCGGUACGCCCCAGUAUCCGGGCUCCACCCCCCAGUCGUCGCACUCUCAUGCACACGCCCACCCACAUGGCAGUCAUGUGUCACACCACAGCCACCACGGCCAUCACAGCAGUCACCAUGGCCACUCGUCUGGCACGCCAUCGUCCUCGACGUCAUCAAGAGGGCGGACGCCACAGCAGCAGCAGCAGCCAACGCCGCAGCCAAAGUAAGUACAGGGGUGUUCUAUGUGAAAACUUAGUGAGAAGCAUGUUGUUUUUUUCUUGUUUGAGUGAUUUACUACAGAAUAUCUCUCUAAUAAUACUUCUAAACAAGGAGCCACUGCCUUCAAGGGGUGUUCUCUACCAAUAGGUGGUGCUAAAUCAACAAACUUUUAUCACUUUGAGGUCGAUUCCUACCCCUCCUCUACUGUUAUUUUCCUUCUCUGUCACUAACGAAAGCUCCUCCCCUUUUCUCCUCCCUCCCCACAGGGCAAGCGGCAGCAACUCCUCCGCGGUGGACUGGGGCAAGAUGGCGGAGCAGUGGCUGAAGGAGAAGGAAGCGGAGGGCAGGAAGAAAGCCCAAAGAAUGACUCCACGACCGUCACCCAGCCCCAUGAUAGAGAGCACACCCAUGUCCAUAGCUGGAGACGCCACACCCCUGCUGGAUGAAAUGGACCGAUAGGACAGGCAGGGGGGCACCACCACCCCCCCACCCCCGCCCUACUUCACCCUCCAUACUGCUUCGUCAUGUGAAUAACCUUCCUCCUGAUGUGUUUCCCACCAUCCCUCAGCCCAUUUCUACCCGCUGGAGCUCAUAGUAUCCAGCUAGCUGUCCUUUUACCCGCUCUCUUCACCUCCUGAUGUUGUAGCUGCAGUUUAUCUAUCAUGAUUCGUCUCACCCUCUUCCUGUUGUCCCUCUUGUCCACCCAUCUCAUUUCAAAGGUUCCUCUCCUCCCCAUUAACCUCCUCUGGCUGGUUAGUAUUUUGUAUAGUAUGAAUAACUGUAUAUUACAUGAAGAAAGUCGAAACAGUGACAGAAAAACACUUGAAUUAUCUGACAGCAGUUACAUAAAGGAUAUGGACCUACACAGAAUAUGUCAGCGAGCUGUCCUGCUAUCCUUAUUUGUAUGAUUGGUGUUAGUUUGAUCCAUGAAUGGUCAUGACAGAGGGGCACACUCACAUUUCUUCCUCUUUAUGGUUGAUGCCAAAAGAGCGCUUUGCCAAGCCGAUCAGGAAAUGGAAUUUUUUUUGUAUGCGCCAGAAUGAAUAAAGACUGUAUUUUUUUUCUGUUGAAACAUAAAGCCUCUGCUCUUCACAUCUGUCAAAGUAAACACAUCUGUGACUGUACAAAUACGCACACAAACACAGCGAAUGUGGGGGGAGUGCAGUGAAUUAUCAUUUCUCGGUUUUGUCACUUGAUGUAUUAUGACCCGCUGACCGCGUUCUCGCUCCUCUCGAAAGACUCUUAAAGUAUUACGGACUUGCUCACAGCAUGUUGUGCUCACACCGACUGUGUGUCACAACCGGGCUGACAGCGGUUAUAAGUAAUGACUUAAUCUGCAUUGUUGUGAGACGGUGCAGAUUAGAAGUCUGUUCAUGUUUUAAAGGUUUUAGCAAGAAAUCUAACAGGGAAAGUGAAAGCAUCUUGCUGCUUCAGGACAGCAUUGACUGUGUCUAAAGGUAAUUUUCUAUAAAGUUAACACUAUUCUAAUCUCGCAUAUCUUACCUGUUUACAGUUCAGAGUGCUUUACUUUGAUUUUUGGGGUUAGGAUUUUUGCCACCUCACAGGAUGCAACGUCUUUCUGCACUGCUGCAGCAACGUCAUCUAAGAUGGUGGAAACAGAAAAUUACAUUUCAGUUGAGAAUUAAACAUUUUUCUUAAUUCUGUGGAUGAUUAACAUCAAACGGACUUUCCACUUUGUUUAUAUUCCUAGCUCUGUAUGAUAUGUGAAAUGCACACAGCUGUUUCAGUCGAAUGAAAUCACUUGUAUUUUUUGUGCGGCUGUUCGAGCCUCUGCAUCCCUCUUGACUUGCGCAUCUUAUUUCUCUCACAGCUGUGUCUCUGUGCCACAGCACGUACAAGCAGCGCUCGUAUUUAAUGGUUUGCUUCAUUUUGCAGUGUGCAGAGUAUCAUGGUCCCAUAAAUAUGCUUAUUGUUUUAAAGGAUUAUGUUUUGAGUAAACCUUGCUUGAGUUUAUGUUUUUGCCAGAUUAGAAUGCUGGGUCUUUUUCAUCAAGGGAUGUGAUUGGUUGUCGGCAGUAGUUGGCGAUGGAGGAGAAAUGUCUCUGGCACUGCUGAUGACCUUUUCUACUUGUGAUCCCUUUAAUAAAAGUGUUCAUAUUAAACCUGAA